AUGCUUCGUGAAGACCGCCAAACCCUCGUCAGCCCGGGCAAUUAUAUUGUUCGUGAUCAUGAAGACCAGACCCCGAUCACUGUCCAGCUCACCACCAAGAAAGCACCACGUCGUGUCACCACCAAGGACCAGAGCUCUGGGUCUCUUGGACAAACAACACUAUUCCGAAGAACCAUUCGUGCAAGAGACACCAUAUGUGCAAUCUCUAAAGGCAGCGCUAUGGUCACAAAAAGCGACAAGCCAUAUCGGGGCCUGACGGCCUCCCACAUAUUUCCUACAAGCCAGCUUGAAGAGUGGAACCGACACAAUUACAGACUCUACAUUACCGAUCCCUCUCCUGCAACCGAGAUUGGACAAAGCGGCCUUUACUCCCCCCAAAAUGGGCUUCUUCUUAGUACCACUGUCCAUGAAGAUUUCGAUGCUUUCUUGGUAGGGGUGGAUCCGGAUGCCGAUUACAAGAUAAUCAUUUUUGGAGGAGACCCGACAGGACUUGGAGGGGCACGCCUCAAAGACUCUGCCAGAAAUGGUACUAAUCCAAACAAUCGCGUCAGUGCAGAGCUUCUGCGUUGGCACCUGCGGAUGUGUGUGUACAGCAACAUGAAAGCCAAUGCUGACCCUGGGCCAGAGUGGGAAGAAGAUCUCGGCAGUGACGAUAUGGGCCAAAUUCUCGAGCAGCCAGAUGCCGGCGAGAGAAUGGAGGUAGAGCUAUUCACGCGUCUCGGGCCAAGGGUGGCUUAA